CGCUUCAAUUCGUGGGCUUAGGCCGCUCGAGUAAAAUCUGACUAUGUUUGCUUUUAAAACUGAGUUUUGUUUUUAUUUUAAGUAUUGUGUAAGUUUCAGUGAUCUGCAAUAAUGACAAAGUGUACAUAAAUUAAUGAAAAUAAAAUACAAAAUUUGUGUAUCGGUAAAAGUUUUGGACUCCAAGUCUGCCUGGCAUGCAAAUGAGGCGAUCGCCCAAGCCAAAUAUACGCAAUUAUGGGCAAUUAAAUAAACAAUAAACCUUUUUCAAAUACCUUUUGCUUUUUAAAUAAACAAGUAUAAAAACAAAAAUGUUAUAAGUCGACUUGCCGGUGCGAGCACAACAAAAUAUUUAUUUUCAAUAGAGGCUGAGUUAAUUGUAACUAAACUGAAAAUCUAGUAUUAUUGAUUUCUUUAAAAUGAAGUUUAAUCCAGCUAUGAAUCACGUAUAUCUAAAUGAUGCCUUCAAGUCCUCCACCAUCUCCAUUAACUUAAAUCUUCCCGAGCAAAAUGCCAGCGCCUGCAGCUUGGGGGGAGCAUUUCCGGAGUCCAAGGAGCUUGUACUGACAAAAGAUGGCAGAAAGGUGCCUGGGGCAGAUCGGAGCAUUCUGGACAGGUCGAGAAGCUGUUUCGCGAAUUGCAGGAGGAAACUGUUCAAUAAGAGGACGCUUCACAAGCGUCUGCCCAUCCUACGCUGGCUUCCAAUGUAUACGAGCGAGGAUGCUAUUUGUGAUCUGGUGGCCGGCAUAAGCGUUGGGCUAACAGUCAUUCCGCAGGCGCUAGCUUAUGCGGGCAUUGCGGGUCUUCCGGUUGCGUAUGGAUUGUACUCUAGUUUUGCUGGAUGUUUUGUGUAUAUCUUUCUGGGCAGUUGCAAGGACGUGCCGCUAGGUCCUUCAGCAAUCAUUGCGCUGCUAACGUUCCAGGUGGCGCAGGGCUCAUGGCAGAUAUCCGUAUUGCUCUGUCUUAUGUGCGGUGUUCUUGAAUUGGCAAUGGGUCUUCUUGGGUUGGGCUUUCUCAUUGACUUUGUUUCUGGACCGGUUGCCUCAGGCUUUACCUCAGCUGUUUCGUUGAUUAUUCUCUCCUCGCAAAUUCAGAAUGUGCUGGGCAUCAAAGCCAAUGGCAAUACCUUUGUGGAGCUCUGGAAGCAGGUAUUCCUGAACAUACAAGACUCGCGUCCCACAGAUACACUUCUCGGAAUCACGUGCAUUGUAGUUCUGUUAAUGUUACGCAUGCUGUCCUCCUACCGCAUUGGACCCGAACUGGAUGAGCAGCACUCGCGUUGUCAACGUGUUGCUAACAAACUUUUUUGGAUUGUGGGCACGGCACGCAAUGCAAUCCUGGUCAUCGUCUGCUGCAUCAUGGGUUAUCUGCUGCACAGCGAGCAGCAUGGCACGCCUUUUUGCAUAGUAGGCGAGAUACCCCCGGGCCUGCCCAGUGUUCAGUGGCCACCCACAUCCCUAAGUGCGAACGAGACCACUGACGGCGAGCCACAGGACUUCUUUGAUAUGGUGCACAGCAUUGGAUCCGGUCUAAUAGUGAUUCCUUUGAUCUCCCUCAUGGAGAGUAUUGCGAUUGCAAAGGCGUUCGCCUUUGGCCAGCCUACAGACGCCUCACAGGAGCUUAUUGCUAUCGGCACAGCCAAUAUUCUGAAUUCCUUCAUGCAAGGCUUCCCAGGAACCGGCGCCUUGAGUCGGGGAGCUGUCAACAAUGCCAGUGGAGUACGCACUCCACUUAGCAACGUUUAUUCAGGGACAUUAGUCAUUGUCGCCCUGCUGUUCCUAACGCCCUACUUCUACUUUAUUCCUAAGGCCACACUGGCUGCAAUUAUAAUUUCCGCCGUUGUCUUUAUGAUCGAAAUCAAGGUCUUAAAGCCCAUCUGGCGUGCUAAAAAAACUGAUCUGGUGCCUGGUGUUGGAACCUUCGUUGCUUGUUUGGUGAUGCCUUUGGAGUGUGGAAUUCUUAUCGGAAUUGGAGUCAAUGUUAUUUUUAUAUUGUACAAUGUGGCUCGACCGAAGCUAAGUUUCGAACUCUUGUUAACCGAAUCAGGCAUCGAAUAUUUGAUGAUUACACCCGAUCGCUGCUUAAUCUUUCCUUCGGUGGAAUAUGUAAGAAACUGGGUUAACAAACACUCCAUGCGCCAGAAUGUGCCCGUCGUCGUCGAUGCCUCGCAUGUCUAUAGCGCUGACUUUACAACGGCAACUGUCGUAGGUUCUCUAAUCAACGACUUCCACCAGCGACAACAGUUACUAUUCUUCUACAAUCUGAAGCCAACUAUCUAUGAAUUGUUCAAGCAAGCUUCAGCAGCUCAGCUUGUGGUCUACUAUCAGGAACAUCAGCUGGAAAAUUUGCUAAGGGAACGACACUAUUCACAAAAAUCAGAGUUUGCAUGA